CUAUGCUUGAAUGUGCCCCAAAAUUGAAAAUCCAAACUGCACACCUUCCGGCUGCCGUACUUAUAGUCUAUAUAGAGAUACAGUUAAAAAACCGAUCAGUGACUUUACGGCGGCGUCUGAGAAACGGCAAUGGAGGAGAAGAAUACGACAGAAACUCCACGGAAAAGCUUGUCUUGUAUGCCAUGCUUUGAUGCUCUAUGGUUUUGUUAUUCUCCAGUUCAUCAAAUGCAGCAGUAUUAUCGACUUGGAGUCCUUGACAAUUGCUCUGAGAAGUGGAGUAAACUUUUUGACUGCUUGAAAUUGAAGACAAAGAGUUCUGCUGAAGUGCAGGAAAUAUUGGAAGCGCGUGAAAAAGAAAAACACCACAUUUGGUCUUUCAGGACACCGGAAGAAGCCGCUGCUAAAUGGCAUCAGUGGUACGGUCACUUGGACGAACCAGAGUAACUUCGUAUGAGCGGCCAUUUGCAUGCAGAUGGCUUUGAAGCUAGAUUUUUCCAGUAUUUGAAAUGAAUGCCAUACUAAAUUGGAUUGUAUUCUUCCACAAUCCCAUUCUUCAAUUUUUUUUUCUAUAAAAAGUAAACAUUCCAAUUUUUUUUGGAAGUACAAUUGAAGUUUUGACAACUAACAAAGUUAUUUUUGGAGGAUUGUCACAAGGUUGAGUAUUACUUGGACGGAUGUGCAUUUGAUGAAUGAGAAUAAUCUUCUGGUUUAUUGCUGAUUA